AUGGUGGCAGCCUUGAAAGGGACUCAUGCAGCUCUGGAGGAACGAUUCCACGCUGAAGUUUCGCUACCUGCUGGCUACGAGCUGGGCGACUGGGAGCGCUUUGCACGAGAGCAGCUCAGGCACACAGAAGCCUGGGAGCACGUGCAUGUUCAGGACGACGAGGUUUCGGAACAAGUGCACACGCCGGAGCUCGACGAACAGCGUGCGGUACUGUCUCUCUUGAAGGUGGCAGAGUAUGUCGCAAGCCGAAACGGCUCACAACUCAUUGACAGCGUAAAGUUUGCAUUGCUGCUGACGGAGUACGGCAUCAAGGACCCAGAGACGCUCAAGGCAGGGCUGCUCCUCGGAACUGCCAAUGGUCACGACCGAGUGAUUGCGAAGGAGUUUGGAAACGAGGUGGCAUCCAUACUCCGGGGCCUGGAUGCUCCAUUUCCCUCUGUUGCAACCAAUGCCAAGGCCAAUCGGAUCCGUCUCGGUAAGCACUUGCACGAGUUACGGAAGCUCCAGUGGGGGACACUCUCUUCGCCAGAGGAUAUUGAAGAAUUCCGCACCCUGUUGGAAAGAACACGUGGUGUUCGAAAGAUUCUUUCUGGCAGCCACCCGCCUUUGGAAGAGGCUUUGGAUGACGUCUUCGGUGGCCAGGUUCGGCUUGCCAGCGGCGAGUUGACACCCGCAAGCCUGGAAUCCGUGGAAGACGCGGAGUUCUGGCAUUGA